AUCAUACAAGGGCCGCAUUGCAUGACCUUUAUGUAUCACAUGUACGGAGGAACUAUGGGAAGUGUCAUCGUAUACACCAACACAACUACAUCUCAGAGACUUGUCUGGAUUAAGUCAAGAUCUCAAACCAACCAAUGGUUGAAAGCUAUUGUACAACUGAAUGAGACACAGGAGUAUCAGGUUUUAUUCCACGGAAUAGUAGGGAGUUCUUGGUCAAGUGAUUGUGCAAUUGACGAUGUCAAAUUUUUUAAGGGGGUCUGCAUCGAAUCCCCAUCAACGUGGCUCCACGUAUAUUUCAGAGAUGAUGAAGACAAGUUUAAAAUAGCUCCGUAUGGUGGAAUUGCUAUGGGAUUGUGGGACUAYCAGUUCUCUUUCCUCGCCUUUCAAGUAAAAAGGCACGAAACUGACAAGAUGUAUUUCGCCUAUCCUYCCGAAUGCUCUUUGAAUUCCCUGUCAACUGAGUUGCCAGCAAUACUAAGUCAGUGUUAUCCUUUUGAAUUCUUUUACGCCUCCUCGCUUAUCCGCGGUGCUAAUGAGUCGAAGGUUCUUCUUCUUAAUCGGAAAAAUGGAACUGUGUCUCGGGGAUUUGGUUUGGAGAAGCGGAAUGAUUUGUGUUGUGGUGACAUCGUCGAGGGUUUCUUUUAUGCAAGACUAUCAAUAAUAGGUUAG